AACUCGGGAGAAGCCAUUUUGUGUGUGUUGUUGGGUGGAUGUGAGCUGCCUGCCUCUCUUCUGCUGCUCUCUUGUGUGUAGCAACAGGUGUGUCCAGCAGGUGGAGAUGGAGGGGAUCAAGAAGGUCAGAAAGUUGGGUUCAGGGACGUUUGGUGUCGUGUACCUGGUGGAGAAGAACAAUAAGAGCUACGUGUUGAAGACGAUCGAUCUGUCGAAAGUAUCGUCGGGGGGUCAUGUCUACCAGUUCCAGGAAGUGGCGCUUUUGAGAAACCUGAAGCAUGAGAGUAUCGUCGCUUAUGAGGACUAUGUGAGGGUGGACAACGAGAUCCACCUCAUGAUGGAGUACUGUGACGGCGGAGACCUACACACCCGCAUCCAGCAACAGAAAGGUACCAGUCAGCACUUCCCAGAAGCCCAAGUCCGCGACUGGACCACCAAGAUCGCCAAAGCUCUCCAGUAUAUCCAUGAGAGGAAAGUUCUCCAUCGGGACUUGAAGCCCUUGAACAUCUUCUUGACGAGUGCUGGAGGACUCAAGCUCGGAGACUUCGGCCUAGCUCGUGUUCUGGGAUCCAACAGCUCUGACCUGGCCACUAGCUUCAUCGGUACACGCGCCUUUAUGGCGCCUGAAAUACACAUCGGGAUACCGUAUGACUCUAAGGCAGACAUGUGGGCGCUGGGCUGCUGUAUCUUCGAGGUGGCCGCCUUCAAGCUCGCCUUCCCCUGCAGAAACCUGCGCGUUCCGGACCAAUACAGCCACCACCUGCAGGAGCUGGUGGACGCCUUGAUGAGUUCUGAUGUGAACACCCGACCCAGCGCGGCCGAGGUCCUCUGCCACCCUUUCCUAAUAACCCACAACAACAGUGGGGCUCAGGGGUUCACUCAACCUACCACUGAGAGCUUCACUCAGCACACCGCUCAGAGCACUCUGCAAGCCACGAGUCAGGACAAAGUUCAUGACUUUCUCAGCGGCAACAAUGGGGGCAACAUUCAAGGCCAGGAUAAGAUCGACAUCGUCAUCAAGACUCUGGAUAACAAGAAGUUCGCCCUCAGAAUCAACUCCUCCUGGAAGGUGUUAGACCUGAAGCACCUGCUGGGGAGGCAGACGGGCGUGGAGGCACAAGCCAUCAGCAUUGUUUUCAGCACAGCCUUACUGAAAGAUGAAGACACCUUAGUCGACAGUGGCCUUCGUUCUGGGUCUACUGUACAUGUGUCCCAGAAAUUCCUUGGAGGCGGUGGGAUCUGAGACUUUUCUUUCCAUUUUCCUCUUUUUCUCUUUAUCUUUUCCUUUCUCCCUUAUUCCCUUUUUCUCUUGUUCCCUACAGCAGUUCUCUUCAGAUUAAUUAAUUAUCAACAACUUCUCGAGACCUUUCCCCACUUAUUUCACCUAGAGGUUAGACACCCAGCUUAAUUCAGUCGUAAGAUUAGACACCCAGCUUAUUUCAACGUAAGAUUAGACACCCAGCUUAUUUCAACGUAAGAUUAGACACCCAUUUUAUUUCAACUUUAGAUUAACACCCUGCUUAUUUCUACGUAAUAUUAGACACCCAAUUUAUUUCAACGUUAAAUUAACACCCAGCUUAUUUCAACGUACUCGGGCUUCGGAGAAGUCUUAUACCAUGGCUUACAGACUUCCUCAGUGACCG